AUGCCCGCCUCUGCCUUGCAGGGCAGGGGCGGGGCAAGGCACUUCAAAAAGCCCUAUGUCGAGACAGGGCUUCUUCUCAAGCUUCUGAAGAAGAAUGAGGACCUGCUGCAGGACCUGAAGGGGUAUGAGUCUCUGUCGAGAAACUCAGCAGUGGACCCCAAGGCAUUGCACCGAUGCUAUCCCCUUGUGGAAGACAUUGUGGCCUUGGAGCCUUCUGCAGAAGUGCAUCCGCAGCCUCUGAGGAAUGCACUUCUGCAGCUGCUGGCCACCAACCCCAAGCUGAACAGCACCAGGUUCAAUGGCUCUGUCUGGACAAACAUGAAGGCUGAGAGGCUGAAUGUGCUACUGAGCCAUGUGCGGAAGCUUGUCAGGUCAGGCGGCUCCAGCUGCCUUGCUGGGAGUGAGUUCGAAAGGCUCACAGAAACCUUGCAAAAGGUUGUCUUGCGGCUUGGAAAAGGAUCGCCCAAGAAAGCAGUCCCUGAACCCUUUGGAAAAAGGCAGAAGCAAGUCGCCAACGCCCAAAAGGAGAAAAGCAGCAGCUGA